UUUCACACAGCAAGACUGCUAUCGGCUCUCGCCCACCAAAUAAUUUCAAGUCGCGCUCCACGAGUUUGAAGAGAUCGAUCCCUAAGCCGUUCUUGACCCGCAUCCGUGACCAUGCAGCCCCAAAUCCUCGUCCUCAAGGAAGGCACGGAGAAUGCCCAAGGUCGGCAGCAAGUCAUCUCCAACAUCAACGCCUGCCAGGCCAUCGUGGACGCCAUCCGCACCACCCUGGGUCCACGCGGCAUGGACAAACUAUUGGUGGACGGUAAGGGCAAGGCCACCAUUUCCAACGAUGGAGCCACCAUCAUGAAGCUCCUGGACAUUGUCCAUCCGGCGGCCAAGACCCUAGUGGACAUCGCCAAGUCGCAGGACGCCGAGGUGGGCGACGGCACCACGUCCGUGGUCAUGUUAGCCGGGGAAUUUUUGAAACAAUGCAAGCCCUUUGUGGAAGAGGGCGUUCAUCCCCGAUUGAUCAUCAAAUCCUUCCGCAAGGCCACCCAAUUGGCCGUGGACAAGAUCAAGGAGCUCUCGGUCAAGAUUGGCGAGGGGAGUGGCCUGGGCGAUCAUCGAGGAUUGCUCAUGAAGUGCGCCGCCACCUCCAUGAGCUCCAAACUCAUUCACGCCCACAAGGAUAAGUUCUCCGAGAUCGUGGUGGACGCCGUGCAAAUGUUGGACGAACUCAUGCCCUUGAACAUGAUUGGCAUCAAGAAGGUGCAAGGCGGAUCCUUGGAAGAGACCCUACUCAUCGCGGGUGUGGCCUUCAAGAAGACCUUCUCGUACGCCGGAUUCGAGAUGCAACCUAAGUCGUAUCAGAAGCCCAAGAUCGCCAUGCUCAAUAUUGAACUCGAACUCAAAGCCGAGAAGGACAACGCCGAGGUGCGCGUGGACAACGUAGAGGAGUACCAAAAAAUCGUGGACGCUGAAUGGGAUAUUUUGUAUCAAAAGUUAGACCGGAUCCACCAAUCCGGGGCUAAAGUCGUGUUGUCCAAGUUGCCCAUUGGUGAUGUGGCCACUCAAUAUUUUGCCGAUCGCGAUAUGUUCUGCGCCGGACGCGUGGUUGAGGAAGAUCUGAAUCGUACGAUGAAAGCUUGCGGAGGAUCCAUUCAGACCACCGUCUACGACCUGAACGAUCAGACCUUGGGCAGUUGCGAAUCAUUCGAAGAGAAACAGAUUGGCGGGGAACGCUUCAAUUUGUUCACCGGCGUGCCCAAGUCCCAGUCAUGCACCAUCAUUUUGCGCGGUGGAGCUGAACAGUUCAUGGAGGAGACUGAGCGAUCCUUGCACGACGCCAUCAUGAUCGUGCGUCGAGCCAUUAAGAACGAUGCCGUCGUGGCUGGCGGCGGAGCCAUCGAGAUGGAGCUCUCCAAGUACUUGCGGGACUAUGCCCGCUCAAUUGCCGGCAAGGAACAACUCAUCAUUUCUGCCAUGGCCAAGGCCUUGGAGAUCAUCCCACGACAGUUGUGUGACAACGCCGGAUUCGAUGCCACCAACAUUCUCAACAAACUCCGACAGAAACAUGCUCAGGCUAAUUGUUGGUAUGGAGUCGAUGUACUCAAUGAAGAUAUUGCUGACAACUUUGAGCAAUGCGUUUGGGAGCCGGCCAUCGUGAAAAUUAAUGCAAUCACAGCCGCCUCUGAGGCCACGUGUUUAAUCCUGUCCGUCGAUGAGACGGUGAAGAAUCCUAGAUCUGGUGGUGGGGAUGCCGGUGGUAUGCCUAUGGGGGGCAUGGGUGGAGGAAUGCCCAUGGGUGGUAUGGGACGCGGCAUGGGUCGUCCCAUGUGAUUCCCUAAUGGACUUUUAUUGCGAUCUACUAAUAAUAACUCUUUGAUAAUUCAAUCACUUCAAAUAACAAACACCGAAU